AUGCUCUGUCAUUUCGCUCACAUUAACACAAGCAAUCAUCUAUCUAUCUAUCUAUCUAUCUAUCUAUCUAUCUAUCUAUCUAUCUAUCUAUCUAUCUCAGUUUGUUCUUAUCUGUUUGUCUCUCAGUCUUUUACCAGUCUCUUCAUAUCUAUCUAUCUAUCUAUCUAUCUAUCUAUCUAUCUAUCUAUCUAUCUACCGAAUGUGUUCAAAUCUAUCUAUCUAUCUAUCUAUCUAUCUAUCUAUCUAUCUAUCUAUCUAUCUAUCCGAAUCUGUUCAUAUCUAUCUAUCUAUCUAUCUAUCUAUCUAUCUAUCUAUCUAUGCAAACCUCUUCAUAUCUAUCUCUUUAUCUAUGAAAACCUCUGCAUAUCUAUCUAUCUAUCUAUACAUAUUUACAUACCUCUGCAUAUCUAUCUAUCUAUCUAUCUAUGCAAACCUCUUCAUAUCUAUCUAUCUAUCUAUCUAUCUAUCUAUCUAUCUAUCUAUCUAUGCAAACCUCUUCAUAUCUAUCUAUCUAUCUAUCUAUCUAUCUAUCUAUCUAUCUAUCUAUCUAUCUAUCUAUCUAUGCAAACCCCUUUAUAUCUGUCUAUAUAUGAAGACCUCUUCAUAUCUAUCUAUCUAUCUAUCUCUAUUUCAAUACGUGUGUGCACGCAUCAGACAUAA